AUGCUAAAGGACAACACCGUGGAGAAGCCCCUGCAGCAACGAGUCUACAGCGCCGUGGCAGCGGUAUUGAAGGCAGCGCGGCAGUACAAGCGGCGGCAGAUGGCAACGAAGGACCGCAUCAAGAAGGUGCAUCAGGUAGGUGUAUGCCAAGUUUUGGAAAACUUGCCUACAUCCCUGCACGCGAUGAUUUCCGCCCAGAUGCGCAACGAGGGAAAACCCAUCUACGGAAGAUGCUUCACGGAAGAGGAAAAGGUACUAGCUUUAAGUAUUUAUAAGCAAAGUCCAAAAGCGUUCCGAUAUUUGUCAAAAUUAUUUCUUUUGCCAAGUAUCGAAACGCUUCGGAAAUUAUUGUCGCACAUUCCACUAAGAGCUGGAAUUUGCGACAACGUAUUCCGUGAACUCGAAAAGCGGUCCGAGUCCUUUCCAAACGAGAAAAGCAGAUACGCUAUUCUGCUUUUCGACGAAAUUAAGUUAUCGCCGUCAUUGCAGUCGAAUCCAUUACGGCAUGAUGUAAUUGUAAUUGAUGAAAAUGAAAUCGUGCCGCUCUUCGAUCCUCCGCACCUAUUAAAGUGCAUGCGGAACAAUCUUUUGAUUAAAGAUUUGCAAUUCAAUUUAGCGGAUAAUCUUCCACGUGUGGCUAAAUGGUCACACGUGGAAGAUUUAUAUUUUAUUGAUAACAGUAAUGCUUCUUCUCAGGACCGAGUUCUGAAGAAGCUUACUGCAAAACAUGUAGUAGUUGACAAAAUUAGGAAAAUGAAGGUGAAGUAUUGCGCGCAGGUUUUUAGUCAAUCGGUUGGGUUUGUAAUGACACUUAUGAGUCGCAAUAAAGUUAAGAGUGUGUGUGAAAUGCCUUUAGAAGGUGUUGACACUGCUCGAUUCAGUCAUUUUAUGAAUGAUAUUUUCGACAGUGUCAACAGUAGUCGUCCUCUUCCGGUAAUAGAUAUGAACUGCGAAAGACCCAAUAUCUGGGAUGUAGACAUUAAUGUUUUUCGAAGCAUGAAAUUUAUUAAAAGAAAAUUUGCGGAUAAAGAGCAUCCACUGAUAGUAUGCAAUUGGAUUAGAACGUUACAAAAUUUUAAAUUUUUGACAAUACUUCUAGGCAAUCUUGGAUGUUCGCACUUUACUGGUCGCAAUUUUAACCAAGAUGCCUUAAAAAAUUUUUUCGGUCAGAUUAGACAGCAUGGUACGCGAAAUACUAAUCCAACGUGUACUGCCUUUCACGGAUAUUAUAGGACAUUGCUCUUAAAUUCAUAUUUGCAGUUGAUAAGUGCGGAUACUAACUGCGAAUCUGAAGAAUCCGCAAACUUUUUAAUUAGUCUAAAAACAUAUUUGUCACCUGCUCCAAGCUGCAUCGAUGAUUGA